AUGAACAACAAUGAACUGGUGAAAGAUUCUUCUGCGCUUCAGUUGCAGUACUUCCUUAUUUCUGUUUGCAACCGCACAGUCGUCAAUUCCGGAGAACUCCCUCAAAGAGAUAUAAUGAAGCAGCUAGAUAGUUUCGCCUCAGAUCAGAGGGGUUCAUCUCUUCCUCCUUCUUACUCUACUUAUCCCGCCAUUAGUCCCAACAGCUAUGUCGCAGACUGCGUCAGUACCGUCUUAAAAGAGAAGCUUCACAUUUCACUUAGCAUGUCGCGUCUAGUGCAGGGCACAAACUGUUUUGAGAACCGCUCCGUUGAGAGUAGAAAAUGGCGCGAUUGGCUACCUGAACUUCGCGUAUAUUUAGUUAGUCGUGUUGUGUCUAAGAUCCUUCAGUUACUGUUGAGCGUUACAGAAUCCCACAACACUGAUCUUCUUGCUAAGCAUAUCCCUAUCCUUCAUUACAUUAAUCUCCACUCCACCUCACUCCAAGAAGUAAAACCCAAAGCCUUCCAAAGCCCUUGA